GUCGCUUCCUCCCUCCAUAGCCUCGUCGUUUCCACUUUGCCACUUCACACACGCAUCCCCUGGAAGAGAGGUUGGGAGAGAUAGCCAUGGCGAUUUGGAUCUCCCUCUCGGCGAUCGACGCAGUUUGUUGUUGGUGACUCGCCUGCGCUCUCUAUCCCGCUCCCCUGCUGCCUCCGCGCCCCGCUCGACCUCCCGUCGCCCCCCGCACCAACCCUGGCCCCAAUUUCCCCCCUCCCUCCGAUUUUUUGUUCGUCUGAUUCGGUAAUUUCUCUCGGUUUCUCUUGUUCCGCAGAUUCAUAGUCAAAUCUGUGUGUAUUUUCCCCGCAGCAUUCGUAUAGUCAGAUCCGGAUUCUGAGGUUCCGCCGUUUUUCUGGGUUUGAAUCUCAUUUGCCAUGGCGGAUUUCGGCGGCGGAGUGCAUUGUGGUAGGGGGAGGUAGUUCCAGUUUCUCGUUCGUAGGCCGCUCGUCCAUGUCCAUGGGCAGGGCGAGAUGACUAGAGUGGUGCUCCAUGAGGGGGUUUAACUGUUAGUUUUCAUUGAUCUGUAACUGCGGUGUUGUUAUGUAUUCGGGUGGUUGUUUGAUUAGAUUGGCUUGUUUUACUUGUACUAAUAUGCGAUGGUGAUCUAUCCCUAGGUUGUGCAUGCAGGUUUCCCCUUAGGCUGACAUCCACUUGGUUGCGUGGUUGUAGUUUUUACAAUACAGUUCACACACAUCCACCUACAUUGUGGAUACAGGACUAUAGGAAUGAGUUAGUAGAUUUUGUUGUGUUUCUGAAUUUGUUGUGGUUCUGUUCUUUGUCACUGGAUAUUUCCCAUUUGUUUUUACAAUGUAAUUUCUAGUGCAUUUACAGUGUAAUUCGCUAUGGACUUACAGUGUAAUUGUCAUUGAUUUUACACUUUUAUUCCUAGUAGAUUUUGCAGUGUAUUUUCUUAGGCGGCUUACACUGUAUGUCCUUUUGGAUUUGGGAUUGGUGAUGAUUGGGUGAAUGAAUUAGCACUACCACUGCCACUGCCAUGCUACUACUAGUAAUCAUAACCACCACCAUGAAAAACUAAUGUGUAUUUUUGCACUGUAUCUCAUCAGUAUAUUUACACUAUAAUUAUUAGUGCUUUUUACAAUGUAUCUUUAGUGGAUUUACAGUGUAUUUCUCAGUGUAUUCACACUGUAAUUCUUAGUGUGUUUUACUAUGUAAUUCUUAGUGUCAUUGUACUGUUUUUUGCUUAUCUUAUCAUUGAUUUUUACACUGUAUAUCAUAUAGGAAUUAUGUUGCAACUACUGACUGCAUUUAGAUCAUUCUAUUUGUUUUCAUAGGUUUGUUUUGUCAUGCUUUCAUGCUAAUCCUUGUUUAAUUUUUUUGCAGGGUGUUGUAUAGUUAGUUGCUGGAUAAAGUGUAAUUUAUUUUCAUUUUAUUUUGUGUAAUCCAGUGAUGAUUUUUUAUUGUAAUUGUAUUCUUUUUAAUUCCUCAUUUGGUCCCUUUCCAGCUCAGUUGUUGUAAUUAAUCGCAUGCCCUCGUGUUCUUUUGAUUUAGUUCAUGUGUUCUUUUUUCUUAUUUGCAUGAUCUAUUAUAUGCAUCUGACAAUGUGUAUGUACUAAACAUCUGUAUGAUCAGUUUAUUUUUUAUGUUUCUCAUGAGGUUUAUUUUUUUCUUUGUGGUUGAAUCCAGGUAGCUCUUUGAAAAGGCACAAGCCUAAUGUUGAUGUCAUAUAUGACAGAAGACCUUCCAUGGCUAGCUUCAAUUUUGAUUGCGAAUCAAAGGAUGCUCGUCCUGUUACCAAGGCGGAUCAGAAUAUCGGUUCAGCUGAUGUUGAUUUUGAAUUUCACCCAACUAGAAACAACCUUUCACCUAUUGUUCCAGUGAGGCUAUCCCAGCGUUUUAUAGAUGAGGUCGACCAAGUUCAGUGUUCGCAAUAUGUGUCUGAAAGGCUUCUUAACUCUCAUGUGUCUCCUUUUGAACAGGACUGUGUUUAACUGGUGACGAUUCCUCAUUCCAACAUUUCAAAGUCAGUUCAGGCAUCCCAAUCAAAUCAUGUUGAUCUCAGCUCUCCAGAAGCAUUAAAUGAGUUCUUUAACAGAGGAGAUGAUCUGGUCGGUCUUGAUGAAGUUCAAGUAGUUGGCACCUCCACAUUUUCUGACCGUUGUGUUAAUUUCGCAAAGAAGACGAAUGAAGCUUAUAACCGGCUGAACAAUUUAGCAUCAUCUUCUUCCGUUAGACCGGGUGUUUCAAACAGUCCUGAAGUCCUUAUCAUCUCUGAUCCUGAAGGUGUUGCAGAAUUAAAUGCUGCUCAAAAGCGCAAUGAGCUCGCUAUUUCCAAAUUUUCUAAUUGUUCAACAGCGACGACCCAGCACGUUCCUCGUAGGAUUGUCGGAGCUGCUAGGUUCAACUCAGAUCCUUAUGUUCAGCAGUUGAAUCGUUUUCCUGUUACUUUGCAAGAAAGGAAGCAUUAUUUUGCAAUGAAUCGCAUUGGCAGCGACAAAGUUUGGUGCAAAUAUGAAGCUAUUAGAUAUGAUAGAGCGUUCUGCUCGUAUCGCUCUCUUUCAUCCCUAUGCCCAGGUUGGAAAAGUGCAUGUGUGGACCCGUUAGUCUACUGAAAAGGGCAAACAGAGGACAAGGGGCUGUGUGUCUGUUCGCUCCGGGUUGGAAAAGUGCAUGUGUGGACCCGUUAGUCUACUGAAAAGGACAAACAGAGGACAAGGGGCUGCCUGUCUAUUUGCUCCGGGUUGAAAACGUGCAUGUGUGGACCCGUUAGUCUGCUUACGAGGACAGACAUAUGACAAGGGACAGUGGACAGUUGUCAUCCUGUAAUUGGAUGAAAAAUAUGGAUGAAGGCCAAUUGAAUUUCAUCCGGAUGGACAAUAGACAGUCCCUAUUUUUAUACAUUUUCAUAUAUUUUUAAUAUUUUCAUACACAUCGUGCUGAGGCGAGCCGAGGCAACAGUUGUUCGUCCCGAGCGCACGAAAACUUACAUGGGCCCACAGCCCACCGUGCGGCUGGCGUCCAAACAUUUUAGUGGGCUAAGGCCGAUAAAAUCUAACAGAAAGCAGAGCACCUGACCAUGCGCGCGUGAAAAAUGCUUCAGUUUCUGUUUUGAUCGUGCGCAGAGACACAUAAAUCAGAAAUAGCUGAUCACAUAUUUUUGCCUAAAAAAAAGCUGAUCACAUAUUUGUCUCACAAAAGAAAAGCUGAUCACAUAUAGCUUUGGUCUUUGGAGGACAUUGUCAACUUUCCUCUUCACUUGUGUUUCUUCUCCUAUAGCACGAACUGGCGUGAUAUCGCUGGUUCAGAAUCUUGAUUUUGCUCAUACCGAUUUCUUAGAGUGUUUAGUGUGCAGAUCCGGCACCUGUUCUCCUUGCUGUCGGUCUACAGAUUCCGCUUUUCGGAGGAUCUGGUGCCUGAUCUUGUCUUGCAGAAGACUCAAGACUCAAGACUCAACUCAACUUUGUUUCUCUUACUAUGGGUGGCCGGGUGAGGAGCUGCUGCGUCUUUUCGCCACACGACACUGUCAUGAACUCAUGAUACGAUACGAUAGGAGGCGGGAAAGAAAUGAGCUGCAGUGUCGCCCGGCGAGGGCUUCCGAGAUGGCCUCAAACUCCUAAUUCAUGCUUAAUCAAACUUGAUUGGCACGCAAGCAAAUCCGAUUUCCUCACGGAUCACAUCACAUACGCAUCCACGGUUUGGAAUCGGCAUCACACCUGAGCUGAUCAAUAAAAGGCAGCCAACCUGUUGCCUUUGCCCUCACCUCGCUCUGACCAAUCUUCUCUUCUCCAGCUACCAAUCUUCACCAAUCACCAAUCACCAGCCCUUACCCAGCGAAGCGACCGGCGUCCCCUGUUCCCUUCCCAUGGAGAUUGCCUACCCCUACGGCGGGGAGCUCACCAGGAAGCACGGCUUCGUCACAGGCCAGCCGUUUGACGCCAAGAUCGACAUCAUGUCCGGCCAGAAGCGCGCGAGGGAGAUGGAGAUCCUUCGCCAGCGCUUCCAAGCAGAGCUCGUCGCCGUCCGUCGCCUCCUCCACAAGGCGGCCGCCGUGCUAGCUCCCGCCUCGUCCCCGUCGGCUCCCCGCGUCAAGAAGAGUCGUCCAAGGUUCUUGGCCGAGGAACCGCCGACCAAGAAGAGGAAGGCGUCCCCUCCAGUUCCCCUGAUCAAUCGCAAGAAGCCGCCUACGAAGAAGAAGAUGACGGCCUCUGAGCGGGAGAUGCUCGCGGAAGACCUGGAGCUCUUCGUUGCGGAAAUCCCCGAUCACAUCGUCCAGCUCUUGCAGAAGCACAGCUGCGCCACCCGCCCCGGCGAAAUCGAGAUCGACCUCCACGCGUUGGACGACGCUGCUGCUGUCGAGUUACAGGAGCAGGUUGACAAGUUCGCUCGAGAGAGGAGGUCGGCGAAUCCGUCGCCCCAAGAACGCCAUCAAGACGGCCCUGAGGUGAUGGCCGAAGAGGAGGUCGAAGAAGUUGACAUCUGUGGCGGCGUCUCCCCCUUAGCGAUCGUGCCGCAACCUCUGCUGCAAGAACGCCACCAAGACGGCCCUGAGGUGAUGGCCGAAGAGGAAGAGGAGGAAGAAGUUGACAUCUGCGGUGGCGUCUCCCCAUUACCGAUCGUGCCGGCACCUCUGCUGCUCGUCGAAGAUGAAACAGCCAGCGGCAGCCCAAGCUCCAGCAGCAGCAGCAGCAGCAGCAGUUCAGAUACUGAUUCCAGCGACAGCGAUUCAGACACUGAUUCCGGCAGCAGCGACUCGGGUUCAGAGCACUCCGGCGGCAGUGACUCAGAUUCUGAUUCCGACGAGAUCGUCGACAGUCCAGCACCGGCCACGCCUCCAACAUGUGAGCAGCUCGCCUGUGCUCUGGAAAGGCAGCGAAAGGAGGCCACGUCCCGGGCGAGGGAGAAGGCCCGUCAGGAGCUGCUCCAGAUGGAGAAGACGGCAAUGCCCGACGAUACCCUACACCGAGAGGAUCUGAAGAGGCUCGGCAUUGAUGAGUACAACACAGCGAAGCCCAGCAACGUGUUGCGGCAGAUUGGGCUCUACCUCAAGGUUGACGAAGACUGGAAGCAGCAACGCCGUCAAAGCUUCCACGAGGAUUUAGAGGAAGGCGAGAUUCGGUCGUGAUCGUCGUUGCUAGCAAGGUCCUAUAACAAGUGAUGCUGUUGCUGAUGGCUUGAUGCCUCACACAAAACUUGUAGCUCUCUUCUGUAGAUUGUAUGUGUGCUGAACAUGAUUGGAUAUACGAAAGUACAUGAUCAAUUA